UGGCCUGCAUGUCGGUCAGAUAACGUCAGUGAAUGGAUGUAACAGAAAUCUAAAAAAACAUGUCUAUACUUGGUUUAAAGUCGUCCCCAGUCAAGAUAUUAACAGCAGACGCACUUUCGCGUUGUCUCACGUUCGUGUCUGCACGGAGCAAGUUCGGCAAAGCAAGACUUCCCAAAGAGAUUUUCGAAGAGCGGUCACAAGAACAUGAGAAGUACGGCGGUGACCCGAACCAGCCUCACAAACUGCACAUAGUGACCCGAGUUAAAAGUGCGUUAAGAAGGCCAUACUGGGAGAAAGACUUGGUCAAGAGCUUUGGCCUUCAAAAGGCACAGGUACCGGUCAUCCACAAGAACAUACCUUCUGUCAAUAACCAACUGAAGUUCAUUAAACAUCUCAUCAGAAUCGAGCCACUAAAGACUCCGUAUGGACUCCCCACUGAGCAAGACCUGGCCGACUCCUACAUCAACAGCAAAGGAGAGCUGAUAAUUCGACGCCUGCUUCAACCUGUCGACACUAAGGCCAUAGAGCCUUGAUUAUUGAUACAUGAUAAAGAUGCCAGUAGUUGGUACACUAAAAAAACAUUAUUUUGUAUUAUCUUGUUAAUUAAAACAAUUCUGACAGCAAAA